AUGCAUUUCCAACUCUUUUACACUCUUUUGCUUUGGGCUACGGCCGUUCAAGCCUUGUUCGCCCGCAGACCUACCAGUCCAUCCAAGGAUGACUUCUAUAACGUGCCUAAGAACGUUUCUGAUUAUAAGAAUGGUGACAUUAUUGCUGUGAGACAAACUCCAGUCCAGGUUAGAUCGCUCAUUUUUGCUAUGGACGUGAAGAACUCGUGGCAGCUUCUUGUGCGUUCUGAGGACUCGUUUGGCGUGGCCAAUGCCUUUGUUACUACUAUUUUGGAACCCUACAACGCUGAUCCAAAGAAGGUUUGGUCUUACCAGGCCUGGGAAGAUGCUAACAAUAUCGAUUGCAGCCCUUCGUACUCUCUUUUGUACAGAGCUCAUCCAGAUACUAUCACCACUCAAACUGAGAUCCCAUUCAUUCAAUAUGGACUCUCUAAGGGCUGGUACGUGGUUGUUCCAGAUUACCAAGGCCCCAAGUCGGCAUUCACCGCUGGCCACCAAUCUGGAAAAGCCGUUUUGAAUGGUAUUCGUGCUGCUUUGAACUCUGAAGAUAUCACUGGAAUCGAAAAAGACGCCCUGGUGGCUCUUUACGGAUACUCUGGUGGUUCCUACGCUACUGGCUGGGCCUCCCAGCUCCAGCCUCUGUUUGCUCCAGAACUUAAGCAAAGCAUCAUUGGCGCUGCUAUUGGUGGCUGGGUCACCAACAUCACUUCUACUGCUCUUGCUGCUGACGGUACUUUUGCUGCUGGACUUAUUCCUAAUGCUGUUAAUGGAAUCAUGGAGGAGUACCUGAUGUUCCAGGACGUUUACGAUAGAGAAUUGAGAACCUUGAAGAAACGUCGUUUCUAUAGGGCCAAGGAGAACUGCCUUAUCAACUCGCUUACUCAGUUUAUCUUCCACAAGUUCUUCCUGGGUCUUUUGCCAUACUUUAAGCUGAGAGACGGGUUCUUUAAAAUUCCAGAGAUUGCCGAGAUUGUCAGAAACAACACUGUUGCUUUUGAAGAGCUGGACGGUAUUCCAGAGAUUCCUUUGUUUGUCUUCCACGGUCUUGCUGAUGAAGUUGUGCCUGUUAUCCAGCCUCAGAGAGCUUACGAUAACUUCUGUGAAUGGGGCAUUGGUUCUCUUGAAUGGACGGUUUCUGAAACCACCGGCCAUGUCAUUGAGUCUUUUAUUGGCGUGGGUGCUGCUCUCAAAUGGUUGGAAAAGAGGUUUGAUGGUGAAGCUCCAGUUCAAGGAUGCCAGCGUACUGUUCGUACUUCAAACCUCGAGUACCCAGGCGCCGAUAUUGCCUACCGUCAGGUCUUGAAUACCUAUGUUAGAGGUAUUUUCGGUGCUGAAAUCGGUGAAGAUACAAUUGACAUUGAUGAUUCUACCUGGCUCAGUAAGAUCAUUGCCUAUGGCUUCUCCAAGUUCCUUGGCAUUGUUGGUCCUAUUCCUCUUAAGAGAGAGGAGACUACUUCUAUUCAAGAGCUUGCCAGCAACAAGACCGUUGACGAGUUGUACAAGGGAUUCCUGGACGUGAAGGAGUUGUUGCAGGCCCACCACUUUGACCCUAUCAAGGUUCUUGAGGGAGAGGAGGUUGUUGCCUGA